CUUAGCUUGUGCAUUAGGCGUCAGUCAACUGGCGUCAGUCAACUGACGUCAGUCAUGAUAUCGAUCGAUUAAUUGAUUUGUUGCAUCCGUCUCUGUGUAGUGUAGGCCAUCCAUCCAUCACACACCACUUAAUUGCAGCCGACAGACAGACAGGCACAACACGCGCAGCCCAGCCCAAACAUCGACUGACUGAUGGACACCCACCCACCCACGAAUACAUACAGACAGACAUGUCUCAUCAAUCGUCGCCGGCAGUCAACACAAUUGAGUCAACACGCGCAUUUGUUGGCCUUUUCCUUGGUGUCCUGCGGCGCCGCGUUGAGCUGGAUGUCAACCACUGCACCACACACACCACACCAUACCAUACACGACAGCGAUCCCAUCCAUUUGACCGACUGACUGACUUUGUGAGUCGCCCGUAGUCUGUUGGUUCUCCAGGCCAGGCAACGCUGACGCCUGCAGGCCAAUCAAUGUGGAGCCACAGACAGAGCUUGGUGUGAUGUGAUGCUCGCACCCUUCUCUCUAUGUGUGUGUGUAUGUGUGUGUCUAUGCCUAUCCCAAUUCUUGGCACGCACCAGUUUCCUGAAGAGGGCUUUGAUGUUGAAGCCUGCUUUGGCACUCGUCUCGAUGAACAUGAUCUCGUUCUGACACCACACAACAACACAAACACGACAGACAGAUGGUUAGACAAGCUGACGACCAAUACAGUGUGCCUCUCUUUGUCUGUCUGUCUGUCUGUAUGUCUGUCUGUCUGUCUGUCUAUCUGUGUGGCUGACCUCCUUUGCUUUCUGCUCGCCCUCCUCAACUGACACUUGCCUGCACAGACGGACGACCCACAAGAGACAGACACGCGGCUGAGUUGAAUGUGCUGCGCUUCCCUUCCGCCGCCCGCUCACCUACCUUCUGUCCGCGAGGUCCGUCUUGUUGCCGACCAGGGCGAUGAUCACAUCACUGCCCCGUUCUGCACCAAUCAGACAGAGAAAGGGAGGGAGAGUGCUUGUCUGUCUGUCUGUCUGUCUCUGUGAGUGCCCCUUGACGCACCUGCUCUCACGUCUUCAAUCCAUUUGGUCGUGUUGAGGAACGACGCACGGUCUGCACACACGAUGAUACACACAUACAUACAUCCAGGUAACCAACCCAUGGCUCUGAGGGUGGGGCCUUACUCGUGAUGUCGUAGACGACCACGGCAGCAGACGAGUCCCGAAUGUAACUGCGCAGUCGAUCAAGCAUACACACCACAUAGAGGCGCUCACCCCCUCCCUCCCAAAGGGAUGGUUGUUAUCCAUGCGUGUGUUUGUGCGGUCACUCAGACAAAUGCCUCAAUGUCAACAUGAGAGAGACUUCUGACUCGUCAUCUAGUAAUGUGUGUCAUCACCAUGUCGCACCCACAUGCACCCAUUGACCCACCGACCCACCUGGGAAUGAGACUGCGAAAUCUCUCCUGGCCAGCUGAUCGAACCAUCCACAAGGACGCAUGUGGUGUACUCUCGUGGCCACUUGUGCACGUUUCUUCGUAAGUAUACUGGCUGGGCUCUUCUCUUCUGAAAGGCUCGCUGACGCACUCACUCACCGGUGUCCCACAGCUGUAGUCUCACUGUUCUGUCCUCCAAGUACAUGGUCUUGCUCAGAAAAUCUAUGCCGAUGGUCGCCUGCAGACACCACACGGACAUAGCGGUAGACAGAGAGGCACCAUACAUACAUAGGGCUGGCAGACAACAGACAGAGAGAUAUAGUGACCUGGUAGUUGUUGUCAAAGGUGUCAUACAUGAACCGGGUUAUGAUGGACGUCUUCCCAACCGCUUGCUGCAACAAAUCAUCCCACGACGACCUGUCUGCUGCGCCUGCAUCCAGGUGCGUGCGCUGGCUGACCUACCUCUCCCAAGAAGACCAGCUUGUACUUAUUCAGACCCGACACUGCAACACACGCCAUACGACACACAGACCAUAUGAGUGUCCGGCCAAGCCAGCCGAAUGUAGUGAGUGUAUCUCACCAUUCCCGCGCCCUUCAGGCAGGAUCACACAUGGAAUCACAUGCGCAGAGAUGAGAGAAAAAGAAGAGCGAUGCGAUGCAGCAUGUUUGUGAUCCCUGACGUCCACCAACCUGCUCCCUCAGCCAUGGUGACGGCAGCGACAAGCGGUCCCGCUCAGGGUCUCCGCCCACUGGGUUUCAGGCCUGCGAUGGCAGAUGGCUCCCUGCCCGCGGCGGGCAGGCGC